UCGUCCCUGUCCAGUCUGAGGACCGGCAGGAGUGCGGGCUGCUGGGUGGGAGCCUUGUCGGUCCUGGACCCGUGGAGGGAGGUGAGACCCAGCAGCCCCUGCCCCACCAUCUGAGCCCCUCGCCUGGGUGCUGCCCAGUGCCCUCGGUAGAGACAGGUUCCCCCCACCUCCCCCCACAAUCAUGGAUCACUCCUUCAGUGGUGCCCCCCGCUUCCUAACUCGGCCCAAGGCCUUCAUGGUGUCGGUGGGGAAGGAUGCCACGCUGAGCUGCCAGAUCAUAGGCAACCCCACGCCACAAGUCAGCUGGGAGAAGGACCGGCAGCCAGUGAAGGCAGGCGCUCGCUUCCGCCUGGCCCAGGACGGGGACCUGUACCGCCUCACCAUCCUGGACCUGGCGCUGGGCGAUAGCGGGCAGUAUGUAUGCCGUGCGCGCAAUGCCAUCGGCGAGGCCUUCGCGGCAGUCGGCCUGCAGGUGGACGCUGAGGCAGCGUGCGCCGAGCAGGCACCCCACUUCCUGCUGCGACCCACAUCCAUCCGCGUGCGCGAGGGCGCUGAAGCCACUUUCCACUGCCGAGUGCGCGGUUCGCCACCUAUGUCGGUGAGCUGGGCCAAGGAUGGGAGGCGCCUGGGCUCGCCAGACGCCCCUCGAGUGCGCGUGGAGGCGAGCGGCGAGGAGGCCGCGCUGCGCAUCCAGGACGCGAGACCGCGCGACAGUGGCACCUACAUAGUGCACGCAGAGAACCCGCUGGGCGCAGCUAGCGCCGCGGCGGGGCUCACAGUAGACGCGGAUGCAGACGCGGCAAGCCCACCCGGGGCCUCCACAGCCAUGCUCUUGGCGCACUUGCAGCGGCGGCGCGAGGCUAUGCGCGCGGAGGGUGCCCCGGGCUCGCCUCCCAGCAUCGGGACACGCACCUGUACGGUGACUGAGGGCAAGCACGCGCGCCUCAGCUGCUUCGUGACAGGAGAGCCCAAGCCUGAGAUAGUGUGGAAGAAGGAUGGGCAGCUGGUGGCCGAGGGCCGGCGACACUUAGUGUAUGAGGACGCGCAGGAGAACUUCGUGCUCAAGAUCCUCUUCUGCAAGCAGUCAGACUGCGGCCUCUAUACUUGCACUGCGUCCAACCUCGUGGGCCAGACCUACAGUUCCGUGUUGGUUGUUGUGCGAGAGCCUGCGGUGCCUUUCAAGAAGCGGUUGCAGGACCUGGAAGUGCCAGAGAAAGCGUCCGCCACGUUCCAGUGUGAGGUGCUGCUGCCGGCCACCGAGUCUGCGUGGUACAAGGAGGAGACGCGGCUGUGGGCCAGCGACAAGUAUCGCAUCGAGGAAGCAGGCACCGAGCGCCGGCUGACUGUGCUCAACGUCUCUUCCGACGACGAUGCCGUGUACAUCUGUGAGACAGCGGAGGGCAGUCGCACGGUGGCUGAGCUGGCGGUGCAAGGCAACCUUCUCCGAAAGCUCCCAAGGAAGACAGCUGUGCGAGUGGGAGACACAGCCAUGUUCUGUGUGGAGCUGGCCAGGCCAGAAGGCCCCAUCCACUGGCUGCGGAACCAGAAGGAGGUGGUGGCUGGGGGCCGAGUGGCCAUCACUGCUGAAGGCACAUGCCACACGCUCAUCAUCUCCCAGUGCAGCCUGGAGGAUGUGGGUGAGGUGGCCUUUGUGGCUGGGGACUGCCGGACGUCCACCCAGUUCUGUGUGUUGGCCCCCAGAAGGCCGCCUCUGCAUGCUCCUGAGGCCCCAGUGGUGAAGGCCAGAACGGAGAGCUCUGUGACCCUUGGCUGGUCCCCACCGGCCCAUGGGGACCGCCCUGUGGCUAUCAAUGGCUACCUGGUAGAGAAGAGGCGACUGGGUGCCUACACCUGGACCCGGUGCCAUGAAGACGAGUGGGUGGCCAUGCCUGAGCUGACUGUGGCCGGUGUGGCUGAAGAGGGUGAAUUCCAGUUCCGGGUGUCAGCUGUGAACAGCUUUGGCCAGAGCCCCUACCUCGAGUUCCCAGGGACUGUACACCUGGUCCCCCAGCUGGCUGUGAAGACACCUCUGAAGGCAGUGGAGGCGGUAGAAGGCGGCGAGGUGACCUUUUCUGUGGACCUCACUGUGGCCUCAGCAGGGGAGUGGUUCCUGGAUGGGCAGGCCCUGAAGGCCAGCAAUAUGUAUGUGAUCCACUGUGAUGGCACCCGGCACACUCUCACCAUCCGCUCAGUACCUGUCAGCCUGCAUGGUGUUGAACUCAAGUUCGUGGCCAAUGGCAUUGAGAGCAGCAUCCGCAUGGAGGUCCGAGCAGCCCUUGGGCUGACAACCAAGCAUCCAGCUGCGGCAGUGGCAGCACGGGAGGUGUUGGCUCGUCUGCAUGAGGAGGCCCAGCUCCUGGCCGAGCUCUCAGACCAGGCUGCAGCCGUGACAUGGCUCAAGGAUGGACAUGCACUACCCCCAGGCCCCAAGUAUGAGGUGCAGGCAUCAGCCGGGCAGCGGGCACUGCUGGUGCGGGAUGUGAAGAGAGAAGAUGCAGGCCUGUACGAGUGCAUCAGCCAUGGGGACCGCAUCGCCUACCAGUUGUUGGUGCAAGAACCCUCUGCAGUAUUUAUCAAGGGGCAGCCAGCGCAUAAGGAGGUGCAGGCUGUCGCGGGGGCCAGCACCACACUGAGCUGCGAGGUGACCCAGGCCCAGACGGAGGUCACAUGGUACAAGAAUAAGAAGAAGCUGAGUUCGAGCUCAAAUGUGCGUGUGGAGGCCAAGGGCUGCACCCGGAGGCUGGUGGUGCAGCAGGCGGGCAAGGCGGAUGCCGGGGAGUACAGCUGUGAGGCCGGGGGCCAGAAGGUGUCCUUCCACCUGAAUGUCACAGAGCCCUCAGUGGUGUUCGCCAAGGAGCAGCCAGCUCGCAGUGAAGUGCAGUCUGUGGCAGGGGCCAGUGCCGUGAUGAGCUGUGAGGUGGCCCAGGCCCAGACGGAGGUGACUUGGUACAAGGAUGGGAAGAAGCUGAGUUCAAGCUCAAAAGUGCGUGUAGAGGCCAAAGGCUGCAACCGGAGGCUGGUGGUGCAGCAGGCAGGCAAGGCAGAUGCCGGGGAAUAUAGCUGUGAGGCUGGGGGCCAGAAGGUCUCCUUCCAUCUGGAUGUCACAGAGCCCUCGGUGGUGUUUGCCAAGGAGCAGCCAGCACGCAGUGAAGUGCAGGCCAUGGCAGGGGCCAGUGCCACACUGAACUGUGAGGUGGCCCAGGCCCAGACGGAGGUGACAUGGUACAAGGAUGGGAAGAAGCUGAGUUCGAGCUCAAAAGUGCAUGUGGAGGCCAAGGGCUGCACCCGGAGGCUGGUGGUGCAGCAGGCGGGCAAGGCAGAUGCCGGGGAGUACAGCUGUGAGGCUGGGGGUCAGAAGGUCUCCUUCCACCUGGAUGUCACAGAGCCCUCAGUGGUGUUUGCCAAGGAGCAGCCGGCACACAGUGAAGUGCAGGCCAUGGCGGGGGCCAGUGCCACACUGAGCUGUGAGGUGGCCCAGGCCCAGACGGAGGUGACAUGGUACAAGGAUGGGAAGAAACUGAGUUCAAGCUCAAAAGUGCAUGUGGAGGCCAAGGGCUGCACCCGGAGGCUGGUGGUGCAGCAGGCGGGCAAGGCAGAUGCCGGGGAGUACAGCUGCGAGGCUGGGGGUCAGAAAGUCUCCUUCCACCUGGAUGUCACAGAGCCCUCAGUGGUGUUUGCCAAGGAGCAGCCUUCACACAGUGAAAUGCAGGCUGUGGUGGGGGCCAGUGCUGCACUGAGCUGUGAGGUGGCCCAGGCCCAGACGGAGGUGACAUGGUACAAGGAUGGGAAGAAGCUGACUUCAAGCUCAAAAGUGCGUGUGGAAGCCAAGGACUGCACUCGGAAGCUGGUGGUACAGAAGGCGGUCAAGGCAGAUGCAGGAGAGUACAGCUGCGAGGCUGGGGGCCAAAAGGUCUCCUUCCACCUGGAUGUCACAGAGCCCUCAGUGGUGUUUGCCAAGGAACAGCUGGCCUGCAGUGAAGUGCAAGCCAUGGCAGGGGCCAGUGCCACGCUGAGCUGUGAGGUGGCCCAGGCCCAGACGGAGGUGACUUGGUACAAGGAUGGGAAGAAGCUGAGUUCGAGCUCAAAAGUGCGUGUGGAGGCCAAGGGCUGCAACCGGAGGCUGGUGGUGCAGCAAGUGGGCAAGGCAGAUGCUGGGGAGUACAGCUGCGAGGCUGGGGGUCAGAAGGUCUCCUUCCACCUGGAUGUCACAGAGCCCUCAGUGGUGUUUGCCAAGGAGCAGCCAGCACGCACUGAAGUGCAAGCCAUGGCCGGAGCCAGUGCCACACUGAGCUGUGAGGUGGCCCAGGCCCAGACAGAGGUGACAUGGUACAAGGAUGGGAAGAAGCUGACUUCAAGCUCAAAAGUGCGUGUGGAGGCCAAGGGCUGCAACCGGAGGCUGGUGGUGCAGCAGGCGGGCAAGGCAGAUGCUGGGGAGUACAGCUGCGAGGCUGGGGGUCAGAAGGUCUCCUUCCACCUGGACAUCACAGAGCCCUCAGUGGUGUUUGCCAAGGAGCAGCCAUCAAGCAGUGCAGUGCAGGCUGUGACGGGGGCCAGUGCCACACUGAACUGUGAGGUGGCCCAGGCCCAGACGGAGGUGACAUGGUACAAGGAUGGGAAGAAGCUGAGUUCGAGCUCAAAAGUGCGUGUGGAGGCCAAGGGCUGCACCCGGAGGCUGGUGGUGCAGCAGGCGGGCAAGGCAGAUGCCGGGGAGUACAGCUGCGAGGCUGGGGGUCAGAAGGUCUCCUUCCACCUGGAUGUCACAGAUCCCUCAGUGGUGUUUGCCAAGGAGCAGCCAGCAUGCACUGAAGUGCAGGCCAUGGCGGGGGCCAGUGCCACACUGAACUGUGAGGUGGCCCAGGCCCAGACGGAGGUGACAUGGUACAAGGAUGGGAAGAAGCUGAGUUCAAGCUCAAAAGUGCAUGUGGAGGCCAAGGGCUGCACCCGGAGGCUGGUGGUGCAGCAGGCGGGCAAGGCAGAUGCCGGGGAGUACAGCUGCAAGGCUGGGGGUCAGAAGGUCUCCUUCCACCUGGAUGUCACAGAGCCCUCAGUGGUGUUUGCCAAGGAGCAGAAGUCAUACAGUGAAGUGCAGGCUGUCGCAGGGGCCAGUGCCACACUGAGCUGUGAGGUGGCCCAGGCCCAGACGGAGGUGACAUGGUACAAGGAUGGGAAGAAGCUGAGUUCGAGCUCAAAAGUGCGUGUGGAGGCCAAGGGCUGCACCCGGAGGCUGGUGGUGCAGCAGGCAGUCAAGGCAGAUGCAGGAGAGUACAGCUGCGAGGCUGGGGGCCAGAAGGUCUCCUUCCACCUGGAUGUCACAGAGCCCUCAGUGGUGUUCGCCAAGGAGCAGCCGGCAUGCAGUGAGGUGCAGGCUGUGACAGGGGCCAGUGCCACACUGAACUGUGAGGUGGCCCAGGCCCAGACGGAGGUGACAUGGUACAAGGAUGGGAAGAAGCUGAGUUCGAGCUCAAAAGUGCGUGUGGAGGCCAAGGGCUGUACCCGGAGGCUGGUGGUGCAGCAGGCGGGCAAGGCAGAUGCCGGGGAGUACAGCUGUGAGGCUGGGGGUCAGAAGGUCUCCUUCCAUCUGGAUGUCACAGAGCCCUUGGUGGCAUUUGCCAAGGAGCAGCCAGCACGCACUGAAGUGCAGGCUGUGACAGGGGCCAGUGCCACGCUGACCUGUGAUGUGGCCCAGGCCCAGACAGAGGUGACAUGGUACAAGGAUGGGAAGAAGCUGACUUCAGGCUCAAAAGUGCGUGUGGAGGCCAAGGGCUGUACCCGGAGGCUGGUGGUGCAGCAGGCGGGCAAGGCAGAUGCCGGGGAGUACAGCUGCGAGGCUGGGGGUCAGAAGGUCUCCUUCCACCUGGAUGUCACAGAGCCCAUGGAAGUGUUUGCCAAGGAGCAGCCGGCAUGCAGUGAAGUGCAGGCCAUGGCAGGGGCCAGUGCCACUCUGAGCUGUGAGGUGGCCCAGGCCCAGACAGAGGUGACAUGGUACAAGGAUGGGAAGAAGCUAACUUCGAGCUCAAAAGUGCAUGUGGAGGCCAAGGGCUGCACCCGGAGGCUGAUGGUGCAUCAGGCGGGCAAGGCAGAUGCUGGGGAAUACACCUGCAAAGCUGGGGGCCAGAAGGUCUCCUUCCACCUGGAUGUCACAGAGCCUAUGGUGGUGUUUGCCAAGGAGCAGUUAAUGCGCAGGGAGGUACAGGCCAAGGCAGGAGCCAGCACCACACUGAGCUGCGAGGUGGCCCAGGCCCAGACGGAGGUGACAUGGUACAAGGACGGGAAGAAGUUGAGUGCAAGCUCGAAAGUGCACGUGGAGGCCAAGGGCUGCACCCGGAGGCUGGUGGUGCAGCAGGUGGGCAAGGCAGAUGCUGGGGAGUACAGCUGCGAAGCCGGGGGCCAGAAGGUCUCUUUCCACCUAGAUGUCACAGAGCCUGAGCCUGAGCUUGCAGCCCUGGAAAGACCAAGACGGAGGGAACCUCUGGUGGUCAAGGAACAUGAGGACAUCGUCCUGACAGCCACACUGGCCACACCCUCUGUGGCUGCGGUGACAUGGCUCAAGGAUGGCGUGGAGAUUCGCCGCAGCAAGCGGCAUGAGAUGGCCAGCCUGGGGGAAACCCACACCUUGACUGUGCAUGGCGCGCAGACCCUGGACAGUGCAGUCUACAGCUGCCGCGUUGGCGCCGAGGGGCAGGACUUUCCGGUGCAGGUGGAAGAGGUGGCUGCCAAGUUCUGUCGUCCUUUGGAGUCUGUGAGCGGGGAGCUAGGCGGCACGGUGACGCUGACCUGCGAGCUGAGCCCUGCUCAGGCCGAAGCGGUGUGGCGCUGCGGAAACACGCAACUCCGGGCUGGCAAACGUUUCCAGAUGGCGGCUGCGGGACUUCAGCGCUCUCUCACUGUGACCGGCCUGCGAGCGGAGGAUGCUGGGGAGUACGUGUGCCAGAGUCGCGACGACCGCACCAGCGCCACACUCACCGUUAGAGUGCCUCGCAUGGUCAAGUUCACGUCCCCGCUGAGCGCAGUGGUUGCAGAGGAGGGCUGCGAGGCUAACUUCCAGUGCGUGGUGACCCCCAGCGAUGUGGCAGUCACGUGGUUCCGGGAUGGCCUUCAGCUACAGCUCAGCGAGAAGUUUCUCAUAUCGCAGAGGGGUGCCAGCCACAGCCUGACCAUCUCGAGCCUGGCCUUGGAGGACUCCGGCCAGAUCACCGCGGAGGCUGAGGGUGUCAAGUCUACAGCUGCGCUCAGGGUCCGAGAGGCUCCAGUGCUGUUCAAAAAGAAGCUGGAGCCACAGACCGUGGAGGAGCGGAGCUCGGUGACCAUGGCAGUAGAGCUGACACGGCAGUGGCCAGAGGUCAAGUGGACACGCAAUGCUGCGGCCCUGGUACCUGGCGAGAAUGUGGAGAUCCACGCAGAGGGCGAGAGUCACCGCUUGGUUCUCCACAGUGUGGGUUUUGCUGACCGUGGUUUCUAUGGCUGUGAGACACCAGAUGACAAGACACAGGCCAAACUGACAGUGGAAAUGCGCCAGGUCCGGCUUGUGCGGGGCUUGCAAGCAGUGGAGGCACAGGAGCAGGGUGUCGCCACAAUGGAAGUAGAACUGUCUCAUGCCGAUGUGGAGGGCAGCUGGACUCGAGACGGCCUUCGACUCCAGCCAGGACCCACGUGCCAGCUGGCAGUGCAUGGCCCCACCCAUAGCCUCACACUGUCACAGCUGCAGCGGCAGGAUGGAGGCCUUGUCACCUUCAGGGCAGAGGGCGUGCACACAUCAGCGCAACUGGUGGUCACUGAGCUGCCUGUGAAGUUCAGCCGUCCUCUGCAGGAUGUGGUGGCUACAGAAAAGGACAAAGUCAUCCUGGACUGUGAGCUCUCACGCCCCAAUGUGGAUGUGCGCUGGUUGAAGGAUGGUGUGGAGCUGCGGCUGAGCAAGACGGUGGGCAUGGUGGCCCAAGGAUCUUGCAGGAGUCUCAUCAUUUACCGGUGUGAACUUGGGGACCAGGGUGUAUAUAUGUGUGAUGCCCACGAUGCUCAGACCUCAGCCUCUCUGAAGGUGCAAGGCCGAAAUGUCCAGAUCGUGAGGCCCCUGGAAGACGUGGAAGUGAUGGAGAAGGAGGGUGCCACCUUCUCCUGUGAGGUCUCCCAUGAUGAGGUGCCUGCCCACUGGUUCCGGGAGGGCAUUAAGCUUCGACCCACUGAUAAUGUGCGCAUCCGCCAGGAAGGAAGGACAUACACUCUCAUUUAUCGGAGGGUCCUGGUGGGUGAUGCAGGGGAAAUCAAAUUUGUAGCUGAAAAUGCAGAAUCACGAGCCCAGCUCCGAGUCAAAGAGCUGCCAGUGGCCAUCCUACGCCCGCUGAGGGAUAAGAUCGCAAUGGAGAAGCACCGAGGUGUGCUCGAGUGCCAGAUGUCAAGGGCCAGCGCCCAGGUGCGGUGGUUCAAGGGCAGUGUGGAACUGCAGCCGGGAGCCAAAUAUGAGAUGAUCAGUGAUGGCCUUUACCGCAAGCUAGUCAUCAAUGCUGUCCAGCCUGAGGAUGAGGACACGUAUACCUGUGAUGCUGGCGAUGUUAAGACCAGUGCCCAGUUCUUUGUGGAAGAGCAAUCCAUCACUAUCGUGCGGGGCCUGCAGGAUGUGACGGUGAUGGAGCCUGCCCCUGCUUGGUUCGAGUGUGAGCUCUCCAUCCCCUCAGUGCGGCCUCCUAAGUGGCUCCUGGGGAAGACGGUUCUGCAGGCAGGGGCUGAUGUGGGAAUAGAGCAGGAGGGCACAGUGCACCGACUGACUCUGCGGCGGACCUUCUCCACCAUGACGGGGCCAGUGCACUUCACCAUUGGCAAAUCACGCUCCACGGCCUCCCUGGUUGUCUCAGACAUUCCCACGGUGCUCACGCGGCCACUGGAGCCCAAGGUGGGACGUGAGCUGCAGUCGGUAGUUCUGUCUUGUGACUUCAAGCCGCCCCCCAAGGCAGUGCAGUGGUACAAGGAGGAGACACCCUUGGCGCCAUCUGGCAAGUUCAAGAUGAGGCUGGAGGGUCACAUGGCAGAGCUGCGAGUCCUGAGGCUCACACCCGCAGAUGCUGGUGUUUACCGGUGCCAGGCUGGCAGCGCCCAGAGCAGCGCUGAGGUCACCGUGGAAGUGCGGGAAGUGAUGGUGACACAGCCACUGCAAGAUUUGGAGGUCACAGAGGAGGGCUCUGCCUGCUUCUCCUGCGAGCUUUCCCACGAGGAUGAGGAGGUGGAAUGGUCACUCAAUGGGACGCCACUGUAUAACGACAGCUUCCAUGAGAUUACCCACGAGGGCCGCCGCCACACGCUGGUGCUGAAGCGGGUCCGGCAGGCUGAUAGGGGCACUGUAUGUGCCUCCUCCCCUAAGGUUACAGCCUCAGCCCACCUGGAGGUCAAAGGGAAGCCGGUGGUGUUCCUGAAGGCGCUGGAUGAUAUGUCUGUGGAGGAGCAGGGCACACUGGCCUUGCAGUGUGAGGUCUCUGACCACCAGGCCCAUGUGGUGUGGCGAAAGGAUGGUGUGGAGCUGGGCCCCAGUGACAAGUAUGACUUCCUGCAUACAGCGGGCACUCGGGGACUUGUGGUGCAUGACCUGAGCCGGGACGAUGCUGGCCUGUACACCUGCGACGUGGGCACUGAUGAGACCCAUGCCCGUGUCAGCGUGCACGAUCUGCAUGUGGGCAUCACCAAAAGACUGAAGACAGUGGAGGUGCUGGUGGGUGAGAGCUGCAGCUUUGAAUGUGUCCUGUCCCACGAGAACACUGGCGAUGUGGCUGUGUGGACAGUUGGUGGGAAAACGGUGGCCAGCUCUGACCGUUUCCAGGCCACUCGCCAGGGCCGCAAGUACACUCUGGUUGUCCGAGACGCUGUGCCAAGUGACGCUGGGGAGGUGGUCUUCUCUGUGCGGGACCUUACCUCCAAGGCCUCGCUCAUCGUCAGAGAGAGGCUGGUAGACAUCGUGAAGCCACUGGAAGACCAGCAGGCCAUGCUGGGUGAGGAUGUGGUGCUGAGGUGUGAGCUUUCCCGGGAGGGAAUCCCAGUGCACUGGCUGAAGGACGGGAAGGCCAUUCGCAAGAGUAAGAAGUAUGAGGUGCUCACUGAAGGCACCUGGGCCAUGCUAGUUGUCCAUGCAGCCUCACUCAAAGAUUGUGGGGAGUACACGUGUGAGACAGAGUCUUCCAAAAGCACAGCCAGCCUCCACUUGGAAGAAAAGCCAAAUCGGUUCACAGAGGAGCUGGCUGACCUGCAGGUGGAGGAGAAGGGCACAGCUGUGUUUGCCUGCAAGACGGAGCGUCCUGCAGCCUCAGUGACCUGGUGCAAGGGCCUCACAGAGCUGCGAGCCUCAGGGAAGCACAUGCCCAGCCAGGAGGGCCUGACCUUGAGGCUCACCAUCAGUGCCCUGGAGAAGGCAGACAGUGACACCUAUACCUGUAACAUUGGCCAGGCCCAGUCCCAGGCCCGGCUUCUGGUGCAAGGCCAGAAAGUGUUCAUUAUGGAGGACCUGGAGGACACGGAGGUGCAAGAGGGCUCCUCGGCCACCUUCUGCUGCCGCAUCUCCCCUGCCGACUAUAAGCCCGUCCACUGGUUCUUGGACAAAACCCCCCUGUAUGCCAACGAACUCAAUGAAAUUGAGGCCCAGCCUGGUGGCUACCAUGUACUGACCCUGCGGCAGCUGGCACUCAAGGAUUCAGGCACUGUCCACUUUGAGGCAGGCGACCAGCGGGCCUCAGCUGCCUUGAGGGUCACAGAGAAGCCAAGUGUUUUCUCCCAGGAGCUUACAGAUGUCACAGUCACAGAGGGGGAGGAUCUGACCCUGGUCUGUGAGACUGCUGCCUUAGACAACCCUGUGUGCUGGACCAAGGAUGGGAAGGCCCUGCGGCCAUCGGCCCGGUGCCGGCAGACCUAUGAGGGCCGCCGGGCCCAGUUGGUCAUCACUGACACCACCCUGCAGGACAGCGGGCGCUACAAAUGUGAGACUGGGGGUGCCUGGAGCAGCUCCAUUGUCAGGGUCCAUGCUCGGCCAGUGUGGUUCCGAGAGGGGCUGAAGGACAUGGAGAUACUGGAGGGUGGAGCUGCCACACUACGCUGCAUGCUGUCAUCAGUGGCCAUGCCUGUGGAGUGGCGUUGUGGAGAUGAGGUUCUGAAGCCUGGGGGCAAGUACAGUCUGAGACAGGAAGGUACCAUGCUGGAGCUGGUGGUCCGGGACCUGCGGCCUCAGGACACUGGGCAGUACUGUUGCUGCUUUGGGGACCAGAUGACAUCAGCCAAACUCACCGUGAAGGCCCUGCCUGCUGAGUUCAUAGGAAGACUGAGAAGCAAGGAGGCCAAAGAAGGGGUCACAGCCACGCUGCGCUGUGAGCUGAGUAAGGAGGCCCCAGUGGAGUGGAAGAAGGGGCCUGAGACCCUCAGAGCUGGGGGCAGAGUGAGUCUGAAGCAGGAAGGAGCUGUGUGUGAACUGGAGAUUCAGGACCUGACCGUGGCAGAUGCCGGGGAGUACUCAUGCGUGUGUGGGCAGGAGAGAACCUCGGCCACACUCACCGUCACGGCCCUGCCUGCUGAGUUCAUAAGAAGACUGAGAAGCAAGGAGUUCAUGGAAGGGACCACAGCCACGCUGCACUGUGAGCUGAGCAAGGAGGCCCCCGUGGAGUGGAGGAAGGGACCCGAGACCCUGAGAGCUGGGGACAGAGUGAGCCUGAGGCAGGAUGGAGUCAUGUGUGAGCUGGAGAUCCGUGGCCUGAUGGUGGCAGAUGCUGGGGAGUACUCAUGCGUAUGUGGGCAGGAGAGAACAUCGGCCUCACUGACCGUCCAGGCUUUGCCCACCAAGUUCGUAAAGGGCCUGAGGAAGGAAGAGGCCACAGAAGGGACCACGGUCACACUGCACUGUGAGCUGAGCAGGGCGGCCCCUGUGGAGUGGAGGAAAGGGUCUGAGACCCUCAGAUCUGGGAACAGAGUGGGCCUGAGGCAGGAUGGAGCCCUGUGUGAGCUGGAGAUCCGUGGCCUGACCAUGGCAGACACCGGAGAGUACUCAUGCGUGUGCGGGCACGAGAGGACCUCAGCCAUGCUCAUUGUCAGGGCCCUGCCUGCUGAGUUCAUAAGAAGACUGAGAAGCAAGGAGUUCAUGGAAGGGACCACAGCCACGCUGCACUGUGAGCUGAGCAAGGAGGCCCCCGUGGAGUGGAGGAAGGGACCCGAGACCCUGAGAGCUGGGGACAGAGUGAGCCUGAGGCAGGAUGGAGUCAUGUGUGAGCUGGAGAUCCGUGGCCUGAUGGUGGCAGAUGCUGGGGAGUACUCAUGCGUAUGUGGGCAGGAGAGAACAUCGGCCACACUGACCGUCCAGGCCCUGCCCUCCAAGUUCACAAAGGGUCUGAGGAUGGAAGAGGCCAUGGAAGGUGCUACGGCCACACUGCACUGUGAACUGAGCAAGGCAUCCCCUGUGGAAUGGAGAAAGGGGCCUGAGAUCCUCAGACCUGGGGACAGAGUGAGCCUGAGGCAGGAUGGAGUCGUGUGCAAGCUGGAGAUCUGUGACUUGACUGUGGCGGACACUGGCGAGUACUCGUGUGUGUGCGGGCAGGAGAAGACCUCGGGCAUGCUGACUGUCAAGGUCCCAGAGGUGUUCAGGAAGCCACUGCAGAGCCUGCAGGCUGAGGAGGGCAACUCAGCCAGCCUGAGAUGUGAGCUGUCUGAGCCCAGCUCCAUUGUGGUUUGGAGUAAGGGUGGCCUGGAGCUGCAGGCAGACAGACGCCGGGAGCCACAGCAGCGGGGCCACAUUGCAGAGCUGGUGCUUCGAGACUUGCGCCGGGAGGAUGCUGGAGAAUAUACUUGCACCUGUGGCUCCCAGGCCACCAGUGCAACCCUCACUGUCACAGCUGCACCCGUAAGGUUCCUUCAGGAGCUGCAGGCCCAGGAGGUAGAUGAGGGUGCAACGGCACACCUGCGCUGUGAGCUGAGCCGGGCAGGUGCCAGUGUGGAGUGGCGCAAGGGCUCCCUGCAGCUCUUCCCCUGUGCCAAGUACCAGAUGGUUCUGGAGGGCACAACUGCCGAGUUGCUGGUGCACGGAGCUGAGCAGGAGGACGCUGGCCACUACACCUGUGACACAGGUCAUAUGCAGAGCACUGCCAGCCUCUCUGUCCGCGCCCUCCAGCCUGUGUUUAAGACAGAGCUGCAGAAUGCAGAGCAGGAGGCAGGUGGUGUAGCCCGGCUGUGCUGCCAGCUGAACAACUCAGAGCUUGGGGCCCCCGUGCUGUGGCUCAAAGAGGGUGUGGAACUGCAAGUGAGUUCCAAGUAUGAGAUGAGGCGCAAGGGGGCCACCUGCGAGCUGCUGAUCCAUGGGCUCGAGGCCAAGGACACGGGGGAGUAUACCUGCAUGGUGGGCAGCCAGAAAACCUUGGCUUCCCUCAAAGUCAAAGAGCCUGAUGUGACCAUUGUGAGGGGCCUGGUUGACACUGAGGUGCAGGCUGAUGAGGAAGCAGAGUUCAGCUGUGAGGUGUCGCGGGCUGGGGCCAUGGAUGUGGAGUGGCGCCUCCAGGGCUUGCCACUGCAGACCAAUGAGGUGACAGAGGUGGCUGUGCAGGGUGGCUGCAUCCAUACACUGAAGCUGAAGAGUGUGACUCCCGAGGAUGCAGGCACGGUCUCCUUCCAUGUGGGCCUCCACACAUCCACUGCCCAGCUCACUGUCCGAGCCCCUGAGGUGACCAUCCUGGAGCCCCUGAAGGACGUGCAUCUCAGCGAGGGCCAGGAUGCCCACUUCCGUUGCCGGCUGUCCAGGGCCUUGGGCCAGGAGGCCCACUGGGCCCUGGGAGGAGUGCCCCUUCAGGCCAAUGAGAUGAACGAUAUCACGGUGGAGCAUGGCACACUCCACUUGCUCACCCUGCACAAGGUGACCCUUGAGGAUGCUGGAACCAUCAGUUUCCAAGUGGGCUCAUGUCGCUCAGAGGCCCAGCUGAAGGUCACAGAAGCAGCGCUGUACCUGAUACGUGGCUUACAGAAUGUGGACGUCUUUGCGGGGGAGGUGGCCACGUUCUCCUGUGAGGUGUCCCGUGCGGGUGGGCCAGAGGCCCAUUGGUGGCUGGAUGGGACCCUGCUGCAGGACGGUCCCCAAAGUGCCAUCUCCGUGCGUGAUGGGACCUUCCAUUCCCUCAUGCUCUCAGGCCUGGGGGUCGCCGACUCGGGCACCAUCACCUACCGUGCAGGGCCCCUGGUCUCCAGGGCCAAGUUGUUGGUCAAAGAUCCCACAGUGGAGGUGGUCAGUGCCAUGCAGGACCUGGCAGUGGAGGAGGGUGGCCCAGCUGAGUUCCUCUGCCAGUACUCGCGGCCCGUGCAGGCCACCUGGAAGAUGGACGAGCAGGAGGUGUGCGCUGAUGGGUGCCGUGUCAUCAUAGAGCAGGACUGGACCGUGGCCAGGCUGUCCUUCAGGCCGGCCUUGCCCUGCGACAGUGGCAUCUAUUCUUGUGAGGCCGCAGGCACCCGCGUGGUGGCCCUGCUGCAAGUGCAAGCCAAGAACUCUGUGGUGAGGGGCCUGGAGAACGUGGAGGCACCUGAGGGUGGUGAGGCGCUGUUUGAGUGCUUGUUGUCCCGGCCAGAGGUGGCCGCCCACACCUGGCUGCUGGAUGAUGAACCGGUUCACACCUCUGAGAAUGCUGAGGUGGUCUACUUCGAGAAUGGCUUGCGGCACCUGCUGCUGCUCAAAAACCUGCGGCCCCAGGAUAGCUGUCGAGUGACCUUCCUGGCAGGGGACAUGGUGACAUCUGCGUUCCUCACAGUGAGAGGCUGGCGCUUGGAGGUUCUGGAGGCCCCCCAGGACGUGGCCGUGCGAGCUGGUGGGCAGGCCAGCUUCAGCUGCAUGCUCAGCGAGGCAGUUCCUGUGGGCGAGGCGACCUGGUACAUCAAUGGAGCUGUAGUGCAGCCAGAUGACAGGGACUGGACGGUCACCGCUGAUGGCAGCCAGCAUGCCCUGCUGCUGCACCAGGCCCAGCCACACCAUGCUGGUGAGGUCACCUUUGCUGCCCGUGAUGCUGUGGCCUCCGCACGGCUCACUGUGCUGGGCCUCCCUGACCCCCCAGAGGACGCAGAGGUGGUGGGGCGCAGCAGUAGCUCUGUGACAUUGUCUUGGGUGGCUCCUGCGAGCGAUGGAGGAGGCGGUCUUUGUGGCUAUAGGGUGGAGAUGAAGUCAGCGGCCACAGGAGAGUGGCGGCUGUGCCAUGAGCUGGUGCCAGGGCCUGAGUGUGUGGUGGAUGGUCUGGCCCCCGGGGAGACCUACCGCUUCCGUGUGGCUGCAGUGAGCCCAGCAGGCUCUGGGGAGCCUGUGUACCUGCCCCAGACAGUGAGGCUUGCAGAGCCCCUGGAACCCAUGACUGUGCCCCCUGCCCCCAAGACCCGGCAGGUGGCAGCUGGGGAGGAUUUGUGUCUGGAGUGCGAGGUGGCUGAGGCUGGUGAGGUUGUCUGGCUGAAGGGAACAGAGCGCAUCCAGCCCAGCGGGCGUGUCCAGGUUCUCUGCCAGGGGCAGCGGCAGAUGCUGUUGAUCCGGGGCUUCUCACCAGAGGACCAGGGCGAGUACUGCUGCAGCCCUGCCCGGGACUCGGCCUCUGUGGCAGCAACUUCCUUCCAGGUGGUGCUGACCCCAGGAUCUGGGGAUGAGGUCCCCACACAGCCCAGCCUGCCCCCUGAGGCAGCUCAGGAAGGUGACCUGCACCUGCUGUGGGAGGCCCUAGCCCGGAAGCGCCGUAUGAGCCGUGAGCCUACGCUGGACUCCAUCAGCGAGCUGCCUGAGGAGGAUGGACGCCCUCAGUGCCUGCAGCAGGAGGUGGAGGAGGUGGCUCCUGACCUCUCUGAAGACUAUUCCACGGCUGACGAACUGGCACGCACUGGAGAGGCUGACCUCUCACACACCAGUUCUGAUGAUGAGUCCCGUGCAGGCACUCCUUCCUUGGUUACCUACCUCAAGAAGGCUGGGCGGCCCAGUGCCUCACCACUGACCAGCAAGGUUGGCGUCCCAGCAGCACCCUCUGGGAAGCCACAGAAACAGCAGGAGAAGCCAGCUGCAGUGCACCCACCACCAGGAGCCUUGAGCAUUGGAGACCUGAGUGACCCAUCCAUGGACAAGGCAGCAGUGAAGAUCCAGGCUGCCUUCAAGGGUUAUAAGGUCCGGAAGGAGAUGCAGCAGCAGGAGGGGCCUGUGUUCUGCCGCACAUUUGGGGACACUGUAGCACAGGUGGGAGAUGUCUUGCAUCUGGAGUGUGUAGUAUCCAGCAAGACAGAUGUGCGUGCCCACUGGCUAAAAGACGGUGUGGAGCUGACUGAUGGCCGGCACCAUCACAUUGACCAGCUUGGGGAUGGCACCUGCUCUUUGCUGGUCACUAGCUUGGGCCAGGCCGACGCUGGCCGCUAUACCUGUCAGGUGAGCAACAAGUUUGGCCGUGUGGCCCACAGUGCCUGUGUGGUGGUCAGUGGGACAGAAAGUGAGACUGAGAGUUCUUCUGGUGGUGAACUGGAUGACACUUUCCGCCGGGCAGCCCGGAGGCUGCACCGCCUCUUCCGCACCAAGGGCCCAGCAGAGGUUUCAGAUGAGGAGCUCUUCUUCAGUGCUGAUGAGGGCAAGGAAGAGCCUGAGGAGCCUGGGGACUGGCAGACAUACCAUGAAGACGAGCACUUUGUCUGCAUCCGCUUCGAGACACUUGUCGAGGCCCGCCGUGCAGUCACCUGCUUCCGGGAGAUGUUUGGCACCAUGGGCAUUGGAGUGGACAUCAGCCUGUCAGAGCAGGGGCCGCGUGGGGUGGAGAUGCGCAUUGGCAAGGUGGCCCCCACCUCCGUAGCACCUCCAGAGCCAGUGCUGACCACAGAGGCUGCCCCGGUGUUCCUGACUGAGCUUCAGAAUCAGGAGGUGCUGGAUGGGUACCCUGUGAGCUUUGACUGUGUGGUGACAGGCCAGCCUGUGCCCAGUGUGCGCUGGUUCAAGGAUGGGAGGGUGCUGGAGGAAGAUGACCACUAUAUGAUCAGUGAGGACCAGCAGGGCGGCCAUCAGCUCAUCAUCACAGCUGUGGUGCCGGCAGACAUGGGUGUCUACCGCUGCCUGGCUGAGAACAGCGUGGGUGUGUCCUCCACCAAAGCAGAGCUCCGUGUGGACCUGACCAGCACUGACUAUGAAACUGCUGCAGAUGCUACGGAGACUUCAUCCUAUUUCAGCGCCCAGGGCUACCUGUCCAGCCGGGAGCAAGAGGGCACUGAGUCUACCUCAGAGGAGGGGCAGCUGCCCCAGGUGGUGCAGGAGUUGAAAGACCUCCAGGUGGCCCCUGGCACGAGCCUGGCCAAGUUCCAGGUCAAGGUGAAAGGUUACCCCACACCCCGACUGUACUGGUUCAAAGAUGGGCAGCCCCUGACUGCAUCUGAACAUAUCCGCAUGGCCGACAGGAAGACACUGCACACCCUAGAGAUUGUCUCAGUCACUAGCAAGGAUGCUGGCCAGUACUCGGCCUACAUCAGCAACACUGUGGGUGCUGCUUAUUCAUCUGCUCGGCUGCUGGUCCGAGACCCUGGCAAGCCAGAAGAGAAGCCAACAUCAGAUAUACACCAACAGCUGGUGCCACCCCGAUUCCUGGAGAAGUUCACCUUCAAGAAGGUGAAGAAGGGCUCCAGUAUCACCUUCUCAGUGAAGGUUGAAGGAAACCCACCUCCAGCUGUGCAUUGGUUGCGAGAAGAGGCCGAGCAGGGUGUGCUGUGGAUCGACCGCCACACUCCGGGUUACACAGUGGCCAGCUCUGCCCAGCAGCACAGCCUGGUCCUGCUGGAUGUGGGCCGACAGCACCAGGGCACCUAUACCUGCAUCGCCACCAAUGCUGCUGGCCAGGCCCUCUGUUCUGCAGGCCUGCAUGUCUCUGGCUUACCUAAGGAGGUGGGGACAGCAGAGGAGCAGGCCGGGGUUAAGGAGGCCCUCAUCUCCACCUUCCUGCAUGGACCCUCUUUCCUGUCAGGUCCUCAGGAUUCCUCCUCCCCCUUUAGGACCCAAGCUGUUUCCACCCAGAUGUCGGAAUCUUCAGGUUUCACUGAGCUUGCUGGGCAGAGGAAAGGAGAACCCUCGGCGGCAGAGGCCCGUAGCCACCUGUCAUUGGCUGAAGUGGGAACAGAGGAGUUCCUGAAGAAGCUCACUUCUCAGAUCACAGAGAUGGUGUCAGCCAAGAUCACUCAGGCCAAGCUGCAGGUGCCUGGAGCUGACAGUGAUGAGGAGUCCAAGACGCCGUCUGCAUCCCCCCGGCAUGGCCGCUCACGCCCCUCCUCCAGCGUCCAGGAUUCGUCCUCAGAGUCAGAGGAUGGAGACUCCCGGGGCGAGAUCUUUGACAUCUAUGUGGUCACAGCUGACUACCUGCCCCUGGGGGCUGAGCAGGAUGCCAUCUUGCUGCGGGAAGGCCAGUAUGUGGAGGUGCUGGAUUCGGCCCAUCCACUGCGUUGGCUCGUGCGUACCAAACCCACCAAGUCCAGCCCCUCCCGGCAAGGCUGGGUGUCCCCUGCCUACCUGGACAAGAGGCUGAAGCUGUCACCUGAGUGGGGGCCAGCUGAGGCCCCAGAGUUUCCUGGGGAGGCUCUAUCAGAGGAUGAGUACAAGAUGAGGCUGAGCUCCAUCAUCCGGGAGCUGCUGAGCUCAGAGCAGGCCUUUGUGGGCAAACUGCAGUUCCUGCAGAGCCACCAUAUGCAAUACCUGGACCACUGCCCCCACGUGCCGACAGCUGUGGCCAGUCAGAAGGCAGUCAUCUUCCGAAAUGUGCAAGACAUCAGCCACUUUCACAGCAGCUUCUUAAAAGAGCUGCAUAGCUGUGACACGGAUGAUGAUGUGGCCAUGUGCUUCAUCAAGAACCAGGCGGCCUUUGAGAAGUAUCUGGAGUUCCUGGUGGGCCGAGUGCAGGCUGAGUCGGUGAUGGUUAGCACAGCCGUGCAGGAGUUCUACAAGAAGUACACUGAGGAGGUGCUAUCAGCCGAAGACCCCUCACAGCCACCCCCACCACCACUGCAGCACUUCCUGGAGCAGCCAGUGGAGCGGGUCCAGCAGUACCAGGCCCUGCUCAAGGAGCUGAUCCGCAAUAAGGCUCGGAAUGGGCAGAACUGCGCACUGCUAGAGCAGGCCUAUGCGGUGGUAUCGGCGCUGCCACAGCGUGCUGAGAACCAGCUGCACGUGUCACUCAUGGAGAACUACCCGGGCACCCUGGAGGCCCUGGGUGAACCCAUCCGCCAGGGCCACUUCAUUGUGUGGGAAGGGGCACCAGGUGCACGGAUGCCAUGGAAGGGCCACCACCGGCAUGUCUUCCUGUUCCGCCACCACCUGGUGGUCUGCAAACCCAGGAGGGACUCGCGCACUGACACCUUCAGCUACGUCUUCCGGAACAUGAUGAAGCUGAGCAGCAUUGACGUGAACGACCAGGUGGAAGGUGAUGACCGUGCCUUCGAGGUUUGGCAUGAGCGGGAGGACUCGGUACGCAAGUACCUGCUACAGGCGCGGACAGUCAUCAUUAAGAGCUCCUGGGUGAAGGAGAUCUGCGGCAUCCAGCAGCGCUUGGCCCUGCCAGUCUGGCGUCCCCCCGAUUUUGAAGAGGAGCUGGCAGACUGCACGGCCAAAUUGGGUGAGACAGUCAAGCUGGCCUGCCGUGUGACGGGCACACCCAAGCCCAUUGUCAGCUGGUACAAAGAUGGGAAGCCAGUGGAGGUGGACCCUCACCAUAUCCUCAUUGAAGAUCCUGAUGGCUCGUGUGCCCUCAUCCUGGACAACCUGACCGGUAUUGACUCCGGUCAGUAUAUGUGCUUUGCAGCCAGUGCUGCUGGCAAUGCCAGCACCCUCGGCAAGAUCCUAGUGCAAGUGCCCCCUCGGUUUGUGAAAAAGGUCCGAGCAGUGCCCUUUGUGGAGGGAGAAGAUGCCCAGAUCACCUGCACCAUUGAAGGUGCCCCAUACCCUCGGAUCAGGUGGUACAAGGAUGGAACCCUGUUGACCUCUGGGGGAAAAUACCAGAUCCUGAGUGAGCCCCGCAGUGGCCUACUGGUGCUGGAGAUUCAGGCAGCUGGCAAGGAGGACCUAGGCCUCUAUGAGUGUGAGUUGGUGAACUGGCUGGGCUCAAAGCGGGGUGGUGCAGAACUGUUCAUGCAGAGCCCAGCACUGCAGGCUCGACAACAGCACCGCAAGGAGCAGCUUGCUGCUGUGGAAGAUGCUGCCAUUCCAUCUCCAGCUGCCCUGGGGCAAGUGGAUCAAGCAUUCACACCCACCCAGAGGACACUGUUGUACCCUGAAGCUCUGGGACUCUCUAUAGGUGACCAUACUAGCCUGGGCCCCAGACCUGGGGGGCCACCUGGACUCCAGGAGGCUGGCCUGAAACCCCCGGGUGUGGAGGCUGCAGAUGCAUCUGGUGAGGCCCGGCAGCAGACUGAAGAAGGCGAGCCCCAGAAGGUACCCCAAGCUCUCUCCCAUAAGGGCCUGGAGCAGGACACACAGACACAUGCUGAGGCCCAGGAACGCAUUGUGCCCAUCCGGAUGGAGGGUGCUGCCUGGCCCGAGGCAGGUGCAACAGAGCUCUGGGACAUCCACAGCCAUGUGUUCACAGAGACCACUCACAGGACAUAUGUGUACCAGGCCAGCGACAUGGGUGCCACAAGGCCCCCAUCCAUGCAGGUCACCAUUGAGGAUGUGCAGGCCCAGAGGGGUGGCAUGGCGCAGUUCCAGGCAGUCAUUGAGGGCAAUCCGCAACCCACAGUGACUUGGUACAAGGAUGGCACCCAGCUGGUGGAUGGACCCCAGCUCAGCCAGCAGCAGGAAGGGACCACAUACUCCCUGGUGCUAAGGGAUGUGGCUCAGCGUGAUGCUGGUGUCUACACAUGCCUGGCCCAAAAUGCUGGUGGUCAGGUGCUAUGCAAGGCAGAGCUGCUGGUUCAUGGGGGGGACAGUGAGCAAAGCUCUAGGAGGAAACUACACUCCUUCUAUGAAGUCAAGGAAGAAAUUGGAAGGGGUGUAUUCGGCUUUGUGAAGAGGGUGCAGCACAAGGGCAACCAGAUGUCCUGCGCAGCCAAGUUCAUUCCCCUGAGGAGCAAGACACGCACCCAGGCUUAUCGGGAGCGAGACAUCCUGGCAGAGCUAAGCCACCCACUGGUCACCACGCUGCUGGAUCAGUUUGAGACCCGCAAGACCCUGAUACUAGUCAUGGAGCUGUGCUCGUCAGAGGAGCUGCUGGACCGCCUGUUCAAGAAGAGUGUAGUGACAGAGGCCGAGGUCAAGGUCUACAUCCAGCAGCUGGUGGAGGGGCUGCACUACCUGCACAGCCAUGGCGUCCUCCACCUGGACAUAAAGCCCCCCAACAUCCUGAUGGUGCAUCCUGCUCGGGAAGACAUUAAAAUCUGCGAUUUUGGCUUUGCCCAAAAAAUCACCCCAGCAGAGCCACAGUACAGCCAGUAUGGCUCCCCUGAGUUUGUGGCCCCCGAGAUCAUCAAGCAGACCCCAGUGAGCGAGGCCUCUGACAUCUGGGCCAUGGGGGUCAUCUCUUACCUCAGCCUGACCUGCUCAUCCCCAUUUGCUGGUGAGAGUGACCGAGCAACCCUCCUGAAUGUCCUGGAAGGGCGAGUGUCCUGGAGCAGCCCCAUGGCUGCCCACCUCAGUGAGGAUGCCCAGGACUUUAUCAAGGCUGCUCUGCAGAGGGCUGUGGAGGCCCGGCCCAGUGCUGCUAAGUGCCUUGCCCACCCUUGGUUCCAGAAGUCUGUGCCCGCAGAGGAGGCCCACUUCAUCAACACCAAGCAGCUGAAGUUCCUCCUGGCCCGCAGCCGCUGGCAGCGUUCCCUGAUGAGCUACAAGUCUAUCCUGGUGAUGCGCUCCAUACCAGAACUGCUCCAGGGCCCACCUGACAGCCCAUCCCUCGGGGUGGCCCGGCACCUGCAUGGCGAUGUCAGCGCCUCCUCCAGCAGCUCUUCCUCCUCCGACAACGAGCUGGCACUGUUCGCCCGGGCAAAGUCACUGCCACCCUCCCCAGUGACCCACUCACCGCUGCUGCAUCCCCGGGGCUUCUUGCGGCCUUCAGCCAGCCUGCCUGAGGAGGCUGAGGCCUGCCCACCCACUGCAGCUGCACCUCUGCCUGCAUUGCCCCAGGGCACACAGCCACCAGCUGCCCCAGGCUGUGUGCCCCGGCAGAGUGUUAUCCGUAGCCUGUUCUACCAGCAGGUGGGCGAAGGCCCAGAGCUUGGGGGCCCGGCGUCAGUAAGCAGGCGGCACCCUGCUCGGCGGCGGCAUCUGCUUAAGGGUGGCUACUUCUCGAGUGCCCUGCCUGGCCUUCGAGAGCCCCUGUUGGAGCACCGCGCACUGGAGGAGGAGGCUGCCAGGGAGGAGCAGGCUGACUUGAUGACCAGAGCACCCUCCUUUGAGACCACCCUGCAGAUGCCCAGCACAGGCACCCAUGGGGCCUCUGGCCACAGCCGCUCCCUGGAUCUUGACUGGCCAAACACUUCCAGCUCCUCUGCCCAGGCCUGCAGCAAGGGGCAGUGUCCAGCUCUGACCCCCUUGAGCCUUCAGGGGGCCCAAAGAGAGAGAAUGCCUGGUGGGGAUGCACAUGCCAGGGAGAUGGAGCAUCCGGAGGGGUCCUUGCAGGGCCUGAGACUGUUCCCAUUGACUGGUGGUGAUGGGUGCUCCACUCAGCAAAAGGGGUCAUUCCAGGACAGCUAUGGAGGGCAGGGCGCCCCUGUCUUUCAACCCCAGUGGAGUUCUACCCCCCAGGAAGGCUGUGGCCCCCCUGCUGCUGUUGCCCCACAACCUCCUGGCUCCUUUCCUCCAGGGCACUGCACAGAGGCCCAGUUGACACUCCCGAGCCCUUUCUUUUCAGGAGAGCCGCAGGCCCCACUCUCCACAGCCCAAGCAAGCUCCCAGGAAGACUCUAAGAGUGGGCUGAAGGACAUCCCUCUCCCUGGGAGGCCUGAUCCCCCCAGCACCCCAGGGCCAGCCCCCCAAAUAGGCAGGGAGCCCAGCCCCUCCCUGGAUGCUGAAGGCCUUACCCAGGAGACGGAAGACCUGUCUCAGUCUUCACCUGGUCCACAGCGGCCUCAGGAACAGGCGACCACACGGAAGUUCUCCUUGGGAUACCGUGGGGGCUAUGCAGGGGUGGCGGGCUACGGCACCUUUGCCUUUGGUGGGGAUGCUGGCGGCAUGCUGGGGCAGGGACCUCUGUGGGCCAAGAUGGCCUGGGCCACCUCUCAGUCCUCAGAGGAGCAGGAGGACCAAGGGGCCCAGAGCCCACCACCCCAGGCCAGCACAGUGCCCCUACCUGAGGGUGGCAAGGCCCCUCUGAGGGGCUCCCAGGAAUUGAGCUCAUGGGAGGACUUAAGUGGAGGCUCCCAGGUGUCGCUUGUACAGAUCCGGGACCUGUCCAUGGACCCGGAAGCAGCUGACACUGUAUCCCUGGAUAUCUCAGAGGUGGAUCCUGCCUACCUCAACCUGUCUGACCUGUAUGACAUCAAAUACCUGCCAUUUGAAUUCAUGAUCUUCAGGAAGGUCCCCAAGCCUGUGGAGCCAGAGUUGCCACCCUCCUCUGCAUCUGAGGCUGAGGAGGAUCUGGCUAAGCUCCCAGAGGCCGCGUGGCCCUGGCCAGGCAUGCAGGUUCCGCCAGCCAGCCUAGAGAUCACAGAGGAGCCAGAGGACAUGGAGGCCCUGCUCGGAGAGGCUGCUGGUGGCAGGAAGCGCAAGUGGUCACCCCCUACCAGCAGCCUUUUCCACUUCCCAGGGAGGCACUCGCUGCUGGAAGAGCCGGUAGAGCUGGGUCUGCGCCAGAGAGUGAGGGCCUCGGUGGCCCACAUCUCCCGCCUCCUGAGGGGCAGGACUGAAGGUCCAGAGAAGGAGAGCCCCCCAAGGAAGAAGGCAGGCCUAACUUCUUUCCGGCUAUCAGGCCUGAAAAGCAAGGACCGAGCUCCAUCAUUCCUAAGGGAGCUCUCAGAUGAGAUGGUGGUCCUGGGCCAAUCUGUGACUCUGGCCUGCCAGGUAUCAGCCCAGCCAGCUGCGCAGGCCACCUGGAGUAAAGAUGGGACUCCUCUUGAGAGCAGCAGUCGCCUGCUCAUCUCUUCCACGCUCAAGAACUUCCAGCUUCUGACUCUCCUGGUGGUGACUGCUGAGGACCUGGGCGUGUACACCUGCAGUGUGAGCAACGCACUGGGGACAGCGACCACCACAGCCAUCCUCCAGAAGGCAGAGCGUCCCUCCUCCUCCCCACGCCCGGACAUUGGUGAAGUCUAUGCUGAUGGGGUGCUGCUGGUCUGGAAGCCUGUGGAGUCAUGUGGCCCUGUGACCUAUAUUGUGCAGUGCAGCCUGGAAGGCGGCAGCUGGAGCACAUUGGCCUCGGACAUCUUUGACUGCUGCUACCUCACUGGCAAGCUUUCUCGGGGUGGGGUAUACACCUUCCGGACGGCCUGUGUCAGCAAGGCGGGCAUAGGCCCCUACAGCAGCCCCUCGGAGCAGAUCCUCUUGGGAGGACCCAGGCACCUGGCCUCUGAAGAGGAGAGUGGUGCCUCAGGACCGGCCCAGCCCCUCCCCAGCAUGCAGACCUUUGCCUUCCAGACACAAAUCAGAAGGGGCCGCUUCAGUGUGGUGAGGCAGUGCCGGGAGAAGGCCAGUGGGCGCGUGCUGGCUGCCAAGAUCGUGCCCUACCACCCUGAGAACAGGACUGCCGUGCUUCGAGAAUAUGAGGCCCUCAAGGGCUUGCGCCACCCUCACCUGGCACAGUUGCAGGCUGCCUACCUCAGCCCCCGGCACCUGGUCCUCAUCUUGGAGUUGUGCUCUGGGCCUGAGCUGCUCCCCUGCCUGGCCGAGAGGGCCUCCUACUCAGAGACAGAGGUGAAGGACUAUCUGUGGCAGAUGCUGAGUGCCACUCAGUACCUGCACGCCCAGCGUAUCCUGCAUCUAGACCUCAGGUCCGAGAACAUGAUUGUCACCGAGUACAACCUGCUCAAGAUCAUCGACUUGGGAAAUGCCCGGAGUUUCACCCAGGAGAGUGUCCUGCCCUCAGAGCGGUUCAAGGACUAUGUGGAGACUAUGGCUCCAGAGCUCCUAGAGGGCCAGGGUGCUGUCCCACAGACUGAUAUCUGGGCCAUAGGUGUCACUGCCUUCAUCAUGCUGAGUGCUGAGUACCCAGUGAGCAGCGAGGGGACGAGAGACUUGCAGAAAGGCCUGCGCAAGGGGCUCAUCCAGCUGAGCCGCUGCUACGCGGGGCUCUCCGGGGGUGCCGUGGCCUUCCUCCGCAGCACCCUGUGUGCACACCCCUGGGGCCGACCAUGUGCGUCCAACUGUCUGCAGUGCCCGUGGCUGACAGAGGAGGGCCCAGCCAGCUCCCACCCAACGACUGUGACCUUUCCCACAGCACGUCUGCGCACCUUUGUGCAAGAGCGUGAGAAGAGGCGGGCACUGCUGUACAAAAAGCACAACCUGACCCAAGUGCGCUGAACUCCUGGCACUCCUGGGACAUAUCUCUUAGUCUUCCAGACCUUGCUGCAUAUGCACAAACAUGUCAAUAAAAAGCAGAACCGAAUGAGGCA